GUUUCGCAAGUAGGGAUGAGGCAUGAGUCGGGGGAGGGUGGAACUGUGGGGCGGCAAAUGGGAGUAGCGCAAGGUAUAAAUCGGACGUCACGACUAACAGGAGACAUUCAGUCUCGGUGCGAUUCUAAGCGUCACAUCUAUCUUAGAAUUUUGAUUAUUAACAUCAUAGAAAUGCAGGACAACCGAUUUUUCAUCUUCGUGGUCUUUCUGGCAUUUUCUACAUCUCUCAAUCUUGCCAGAUGCUCGGUCGGCAAACACUACGAAUCUACAAGAGAGGGCCAAAAAUUGAAGAUCAAUGAUAGACGAUCUGCUGGAUUGGUGCCGUAUCCAAGAAUCGGUCGAAAUUCGGAAAUAGCAGGUUUCCCUAGAUCAGAACGUACUUUUGGAAUAGUAAACACGCCCCGAGUCGGACGAUCCGAUGUGACAAAUCUGGGCAAUUUAAAUCGUUUUCACGAUUCACCAACUGACGCCGAUAUUGAUUUCUAUACUAUACACGAUACGAUGGAGCGUGAUAUUCUCUCAGAUCUUGAUUACGAAGAAUACGCGGAUGCGGAUAGACCUAUAGCAUUCAAGUAUGCUGACAAAAUUCAAAAAGAUAAUUCUUGGCUGAUGCCCGAUCAUGUACACGGAUACAAGGAUCUUCGUUUGCCGCAAAAAAUCGACUCCCGUCGAUCGUAUUACUCUAUUUUACGAGGUUCUCGAAAUACUCAAGGUCAAGGAGGAUACACUCCAAGAUUAGGUCGUGAGAAUGAACAUGAUACUGCGAAUUUUCUGUAACUUGUCCAUCUUUAAACAUACGUCUCGCGAAAUUGUAUGUUGAUUCAAGACAAAGAAGAAAUUUACUGUCAAAAUCAUCAUCGAAAACAUGAUGUGUGGUGCUUUCGAUCGUUUUCCCUAUUUGAAUAGGCGACUUACCCUAUUCUUGCACUUUGUACGCAAGUUAUGCAAUACAAUACAUAAUCUGCACUUAAA